UUCCGUAGGUCAUGUAAUCUUGUUGGCAGGUAGAUCAGGUGAUGGUGUUUGUGUGGUGUCUGUGAACCUUGUAGAUGCAGUAUUAGUCAUAUGCAUCGUUACUGACUGAAAUAAGAGAAAUUUGCUAGGUGAGGAAUUGCGCAGUGUUCAGUGAAACGUGAUAGAUUUGUUAGGUCGUGUUUGAAAGUUUGUACGUAGCUGUGUAAGAAGCAAACUACGAGAUGUAAUAGCUUAGGUAUUGCACAAUGUUAACGCAAGACGUGAUCAACUUACCGGGCCUCGUUGUAAUGUUUAUAAUUCGCUCUGUGUAUGAAAUCUGCUCGCUGAAUAACUGCAGUGUUACGUUGUUCGUGAACUCGUGUUCGUAGAAAGAGUUGUUGCGAAGUUUGUGAGGCUACUGUUUGAAAAUAGAAGUAUUUACUUGUGCCCAAUACAAUGGCAUUACUGUCCCGGCCCGAAUGUCUUAUCAGUCUCGCUGUAGAGGCGCUAGUGACGUACGUGUCAGAUCUUCUGUUGCGUCUGGUGACCUUCCCACAAUACACCGCGACGGACAACCGCAAGCAGCGUUAUGUGGAACAGACUUGCAGACGUCUGCAGGAGGAAAUGUACUCAACACUGCCUUCCUCACUUGUGAAUGAAGUGACAGCUAAACUGCUUUACUGCAUAAAUAAAACUUACAGUGACGUAUAUUACAGCGUUUACCGACAGUGGGGAGAUGAGGUAUUGCCCAUGGUGUUGAGUGCCAUCUUACAUCCAGCAUUAACAAGACUGGAAAGUGUUGAGGACUUGUCACACACAGUUGAAUGCCAUGAAUUUAUGUGGGACCGUCUCUUCCUUAACAUUCAUGGCAUGAUCCACGGAUUUCCAAACCUCAAGGUUCUGAAAUAUGGAUACAUACGUAGAACAGAAGAGUGGACUAUCAGUGACAUUAAUGUAUCAGAGAAUUUGGAACAUUUUUGGUUUUUGGAAUUAUGUAACGAUAAGUUUUUAGAAAACGUGGCUGCAAAAUGCCAUCGAUUGAAGAGUAUUGAUGUCAGCAAUUCUUCAAAUGUCACGGAUCAAAGUAUCCAACACUUUCUGAAAUUUGAACAUUUGGAAGGGCUAAAUAUAAGUUUUACAGGCAUAUCUGAAUGUGGCCUGGCAAGGCUAAUGGCUGGGCUUUCUCAGGCCAAAGUCUGCCACAGUGGAUGUAGAACCACGUUCAGGAGUUUCGGAUCUAACCAAAUAACGUCCUUUCAGAUAGACACACUUGCCUCUGAGUUUCAGAACCUCACAACAGUAAGUCUGUGUCCUAAAGACGAAUCAAGCUUUUCCCCUUUGAAGAAACUGAAGCACUUGUCAAGGAUGACCUUAAGUAGCAUGGAAUUUGAUCAAGUAGAAGAUCUCCUGUUCACUAUUGGCACUCAGCUUGUGUUUCUCGAAUUACAUUACGUUUAUAACGUUAAGAUAAGUUUCAUUGGUGAAAUGUGUCCUUCAGUCCGGUGCUUCCACCUCACAUCGGGUUCGUUUUUAGACACUGAAGCAGAGUUUGGUUUUCUGUUGGAGUCACGGCACAGGUCAUGCUCUGCCGUUUUCAGUAGUGUUGUCUGUCUUUAUCUGGACUUUCCUCGCAUAUGUACAGAAUAUCUUGUGUCCGAGUGUAAACAGUUGAGAAAGUUAUAUGUCAGAACAGGUUCCCGUUCUGCCCGCCAACUGUUAGAGUCUGUACUUCAACGUAAUCAGCUGACCCAGCUGGAGAAAUAUCACUGGGGCACAUGUACCAAGACGGGUGGUGACGUCAUUGUAAGUCGACCAACCGAAGAGUCAGUUUGUGUUUCUGUGGUUGACCCUUUUCAAAGAAGUAAAAUCCUCCUGAGAACUGAAGAAGUGUUCUUGUUCCGAGAUCAGCAGGAUAGUAGCACAGAUACUGCAAACCCUGGCCCCAGGGACCUGCACUAACAUUUAAGAAAUUGUACUGACCACCUCUCCACCUCUGGGGCUCAUACAGCUUCCUGUACAAUGGUAACGGAUCUAAAUCAUCGGGGGUGAAGCAACAGAGGCCUGAAGCUCACCACUCACCUUCAUCCACUGCUGAGCCAGUUGCGAGGACAGGCGUGAAACGUAGAAAUUCAAGGCGAAGGAUGUGGCAAUUUGCUGUCUGGUCAAACCUCAAGGAGGCCAUUGCUGGAUCAGCAAGGGGCAAUUCGGAAGUUUUACCAUCAGCGGAAACAGAAUAAAGUUGGAGAUGAACGUGAAAAGUCUGAAGUAAGAAUUAUGUUUGGCUCGGAUAUUAAUGGUAACGAAUGCGACCCCGGUCAGGGCUGC